UACUUUAAUUGCAAUUUUAAUUGGACGAUUAUCUUAUGUAACCUCGUCAAUAUGUCAUUUCUAUGCCUACGACCCUUUGUGCGGGAUACGAACUCAUUUAGAUUCUUUUGAGCAAGAAUCCAAGUGGAAUAUUUUAGGAUUCUUAGAUGAGUGUGUUCUAGAACCUCUUGAACGGAAAAUAGAGUGCUAUAUUAAGUGUCUCGAAACAAUUGCCGAUACUGAAGAAGGCCAAAGACGUGAACAAGCAAAACAACUAUUGCAUAGAUAUAGAUCGGGAUCACGACCUGAUUAUCAAAUAGCCAAAAAUUGGGACAAUGAUCGUAAUUCCUCGAUCAACCUUUAUCAACCAAUAUUUAAUAAUUCUCUGGGUGUUGCAAAUAUCAGAGGUGGAACUGUUAUUAUUGGAUCAAAAGGAAAAGAUGCAUCGUCUUCGGAUGGUAAACGUGCUUUUGAUAGCACUUUAGAUUCGGAUUUAAUUUCUUCUGUGGAGGUCAAGAAGAUCAAAUCAACGGAAGAAAGUGACGAACAAAAUAAUGGGAUUGUGGAGGAAGAAAGUCAGAAAGCAAAAAAUUAUGAUGAAAAAAUUUUAUCAGCUGAUGAAUCGGAUUUGGAAUAUCCAAGAGAACAGAUGAACGACGAAGAUGAAGAAAAUUCUUUAGAUGACAAUUCUGAUGAAGAAGAUACGGUUGAACUUGCAGAUAUAUCAUUUAAUUCAUUUGUUGGUUCAUCAAAAACCGAUAACAAAAAUUACAAAUGGAAAUUAAAGAAUGGUGAAAACGUAAGAAGUCGGCUCAUAGUUAUGACAAAAAAGGCAAUCGAAGAAGCGAAACAAGCCGAAAAAGUUGACACGAAAAUAUUGAGUGUUAUAAGGUUGGGACUAUCUUCCAUAAUAGAUCUUUCGUCUGAGUUCAAAGGAGGCAUGUACACCUGGUUCGGGGACAAUUGGAUACCAUUAAAGAAAAAAGUAUUAUCAAUAAUUGACUUGAAAGUUGAAAGAUUCACAGGAGAAGUAUUAGAAUUAAUUACAAAAGUAGAAAAUCUUUGUGGUUCAUACGAUUAUUUGGGGGCACGAAAAAUUGUAUUAGAAAAAAUAAUGGAACGACCUAUUGAUAGUCAAAUGAGACAAGUAGCAAAAAUAUAUUUCAAUAUCAUUGAUUUAUUUUUAGAAAAUCCCUAUAUUUUCAUCAAAAAAGAUGGCCGGCCUCAAAACCAUACUGAAAUUCAAUAUGCGAUGAUUUUAACAGGCUCUAUUUUAGACAUCAUAUUCUCAGAUCAACGAGAUUAUGUUAGACUGAUAUGGGGAGAAAUAGUUUCGCAAGUCACGAAUGAUUCAAGAAGAAAGAUUGACCUUUGUAUAAAAACUGAAGAUGGCACGAAAGAGCUGAGCCAUUCCGAAUGCGCUCGGGAAGCUACACUUGUAAAAAUUAUAAAAGAUCGAAGUAAAUCUCUGAGAACAAAUAAAUGCAUACUUGACAAAUAUCUCGAGAGCAAUAUUCCUGAUGAAGCUUUAAAUGAUACGGCAAUUUUUGGAUUACAGCUGGCGGCUUUGGACGGUCAAUUGAUUGGAGUCGAUUUACUGGACGAAGGGCUUUAUUUUGGAUUUGAUGGACCAGCUUUUAAGUUUCCCGCACAGAUUUGUAGUAUUGACGUCUUAAGACAAGCCUUAGAAAUUUUAUACUAUUUUAAGGAGAAAAUCAUCAAAAAAGCAAAAUAUUUACAUCAGAAUUCAGGCGAUAACAAGAUUACCAAUCUUCUACAUUCUGAAAAUAUUGAGAAGCCAAAUCACUUCAAAAUUAAUUAUAUCCGGAAAACUUAUUUUGAACCAAAACAACAAUCGUUAGCCAACGAAUCUAAAAAUUU